AUGGCUUACAGUGUGAUCGCGGUGCAUGGACUUGACGGUCAUCGAGAAAGGUCUUGGAUAGCAGAUAAUGGUGUAUUCUGGCUUCGCGAUGAACUUUGUAGGAUCAGUACCAACUCACGUAUCUUGACGUGGGGCUACGACGGCCGGACCCACGGCUCCACGCCAUUAAGCUGCCAGACUCUGUACGAUCAUGCUGUCAGCCUGGUCGCAGAUCUUAGCUUGGAGAGACGAAGGACUAAGACAGACGAGCGGCCGAUUAGUUUUCUUGCCCAUAGUAUAGGGGGUAUCAUUGUUAAAAGUGCUCUCAUACACUCGCAUUCUACCGGAGAAGGCGAUCUUGAACACCACAAGGCAAUUGAACUUUCGACAUAUGGUGUGCUCUUUUUUGGUGUGCCGCACCAGGGCACAGAUAGCUUCCAGUGGAAACAAAUCUUCUUGAAUGCGGCCUCAAUGCUCACCCACACGAGUGAUGUCUACAAAAACCUUGAGAGAGAUUCGGAGUGGCUCCAACAACAGUUGACACAAGCUAACGGUGCCGACGGUACCAAACACAUCCAUACUAUCUCCGCUACCAAGUCCGAAGUGCACGGUAACGUGAAAUUGAGGGGUGGUGAGGCACACGGGAUCUCUGUGGGGUCGGUGUAUGCGAUUUACCCGUGGAACGCCACCGAUCUAACCGAUCCUACAAGCCGUAUAUCCAAGGUUAUUGUUACCCAGGCUUUCGGGAUGAGAUCGGAGGCCAAGAUCCUUGGAGACCCUAUUGAAAAGCUGCCAGGUGGUACCCAAAUAGUUCUUCUGGCGAGACCCAGCCCCAUACGGAUCAAGCUCCGACAGCGCUCGGAUAUCCCAACCGAUAUUCCCCAGACGGAGAUGCUGGACCAAAUUCGCAAUAUGGACUGGAAAAAGUACGGUAGUGGUACAUUUCCAUUGAGCUUGCUUUCGGACGAUGACAGAGGCAGUAUAAAUUUUCACCUAGUGGUGAAUGACCGCCGAGAAUACGAAUUGUGGGAUCCAAGCCAGGACAACAAACCGUUCCCCAAUGUGCCAUCUUCACGUGAUCCAGAGAUGGUUCUUACAAGUGCGGCACACCUAGGGCAGUUCUUCUCUACCCGAGAGUCAAAGAACAUCAGGAUGCCUUCGGGGCUACGGGGCAACUUCACGUUUGAAAUAUUGGAUCGAGAACCUGAAAAUGGAAUCUACCAAAUACCCGAAGGGGAAUCGAUCACACUCCGCUUCAAGAACCUAGCACAGGACCCAGUAAACUUGACGAUUCUCAACUACGGGUCUGAAUAUGGCAUCACUCAAAUCUACCCGAUGAACACAGACUAUGAAACGAUCGAUAGUAACCAUGACUGCACACUGCCAGUAGAGCUCAAGACAACCCCGGGUAUCCACACCAUAAAAGCAAUGAUCACGCUUAAGACUACCUCCUUUAGGACUCUUGAGAUGCCCGAUAUCGACUUGGCACCCACCGUCAUUUCCAGUAGUUGGAAUGGCGAAGUAAUAGAGAAGAUUGAAAAGAUAGCCAACCAAGGGGCUGUCGACGACGACGACGAGGAAUUAAAUGAUUGGGAAUCCAAAUCUCUGAGGAUACACAUCAUGGCCCCUCCGGCACCUGCAUAA